UUCUUGCCCCGCCUUUCCCCGUUCCCGGCCCGCCCCUCCUUCCUGGAGCCACAGCUGAGGCGGCAGCGGCGGCGGCCCGGCUGGGGGCGGUGAGUGGCCCGCGCGACGCGCACCGGCCUGAACCCUAUGCGGUGACUCGCGCGGCGCAGGCGCCUCCUGCCCUGCCGGCGGGGCCCGGGUUUCCCGCGGCCUGAUGUUCUCCCGCAGGAGCCACGGGGAUGUGAGGAAGUCCACCCAGAAGGUGCUGGACCCCAAGAAGGACGUGCUGACCCGCCUGAAGCACCUGCGGGCGCUGCUGGAUAAUGUGGAUGCAAGUUAUCUUAAGCAGUUUUUUGAGACCAACUAUUCUCAGAUAUAUUUCAUCUUCUAUGAAAAUUUUAUAACACUGGAAAAUAAUUUGAAACUAAAAGGGAAUAAUAAGUCACAAAGGGAGGAGCUGGACUCCAUCCUCUUUCUUUUUGAAAAAAUACUGCAGUUUCUACCUGAGCGAAUUUUCUUUCGAUGGCAUUACCAGAGUAUAGGCUCAACUUUAAAGAAGCUUCUACACACUGGAAAUUCUAUUAAGAUUAGAUGUGAAGGAAUCAGGCUGUUUCUCUUAUGGCUUCAAGCACUUCAGACAAACUGUGCAGAAGAGCAGGUGCUGAUUUUUGCUUGCCUUGUGCCUGGUUUCCCAGCGAUCAUGUCAUCCAGAGGGCCCUGUACACUGGAGACACUCAUCAGUCCUAGCCCAAGUGUAGCUGACGCAAAGAUAUAUCCAGAAGAAAUCACUCCACUUCUGCCAGCUUUAUCAGGGGAAAAGAUCGCUGAGGACCAAACAUGCUUUUUUCUUCAAAUAUUGUUGAAAUUUAUGGUUAUUCAGGCUGCAAGCUUGGAGUGGAAGAAUAAGGAGAAUCAAGAUACUGGUUUUAAAUUUCUUUUUACAUUGUUUCGAAAGUAUUAUCUUCCUCAUUUAUUUCCAUCAUUUACUAAAUUAACAAACAUCUACAAACCUGUACUUGACAUCCCUCAUUUGAGACCAAAGCCAGUGUACAUUACUACAACUAGAGACAAUGAAAACAUUUAUAGUACAAAAAUUCCAUACAUAGCAGCUCGUGUUGUUUUUAUUAAGUGGAUUGUAACUUUCUUUUUGGAAAAAAAGUAUCUAACUACAACACAAAACACUAAAAAUGGAGUUGAUGUAUUGCCUAAAAUCAUACAAACUGUUGGUGGUGCCAUGACACAAGAGAAGGUGACAGAGCUGGAUGGUGGCGGGCCCACAGAACAGGACAAAAACCAUUCGAACAGCAGCACCUUGUCAGAGCGAAGACUCAGCAACUCUAGCCUUUGUAGCAUUGAGGAAGAGUACCGGACUGUGUAUGAAAUGGUGCAGCGGAUUCUCUUGUCAACACGAGGCUAUGUCAAUUUCGUGAAUGAAGUAUUUCGCCAGGCCUUUUUGUUGCCUUCCUGUGACAUAACUAUAACAAGGAAAGUCGUUCAAGUGUAUAGAAAGUGGAUCCUCCAGGACAAACCUGUGUUCAUGGAGGAGCCAGAUAUAAAAGAACUUGCUCAAGAAGAUGCUGAGAAAUUAGGGUUUUCAGAGACUGACAGCAAAGAGACCUCAUCCGAAAGCUCUGGUCAUAAGCGAUCUUCCAGUUGGGGACGAACAUACUCCUUUACGAGUGCAGUGAGCAGAGGGUGUGUGACAGAAGAGGAAAAUAAGAACGUGAAAGCUGGGGCCCAGGCUACUCUGCAGGUAUUUUUGACAAAUGCUGCAAACGUCUUUUUGCUGGAACCAUGUGCUGAAGUUCCCAUGCUCUUGAAAGAACAAGUUGAUGCUUGUAAAGCUGUUUUGAUUAUUUUUAGGCGCAUGAUAAUGGAGCUUACAAUGAAUAAAAAGACAUGGGAACAGAUGUUGCAAAUACUACUCAGGAUAACAGAAGCUGUCAUGCAGAAGCCAAAGGAUAAACAAAUAAAGGACUUGUUUGCCCAGAGCUUGGCAGGGUUACUGUUUAGGACACUCAUUGUGGCUUGGAUCCGAGCAAACCUCUGUGUGUACAUUUCUCGGGAGCUCUGGGAUGACUUCCUUGGAGUUCUGUCCUCCCUCACAGAAUGGGAAGAGCUCAUAAACGAGUGGGCCAACAUCAUGGAUUCCUUGACAGCAGUGCUUGCAAGAACUGUGUACGGAGUUGAGAUGACAAACCUACCUCUGGACAAAUUAAGUGAACAAAAGGAAAAGAAGCAACGGGGCAAAGGCUAUGUUCUAGAUCCUCAGAAAGGAACCACUGUGGGGAGAUCCUUUUCUCUCAGCUGGCGGAGCCACCCAGAUGUGACUGAGCCGAUGCGGUUUAGGAGUGCCACCACAUCUGGGGCACCAGGGGUUGAGAAAGCAAGAAAUAUCGUUCGCCAAAAAGCAACCGAAGUGGAAGAAUGUCCACAGUCAGAAGGCACACCUGCAACUGAGCCUGAGCACCUAGUGACAGAGCAGCUGCUGCAGGCCUCUCGGAGCAGCAGCAUGCCUGAGGUCUCUGAACCACUGUGCUCAGACUGCCCACCAGGUCAACAGGUCGAAAAUGCACAGAAUUUGAGUUCUUUAGAAGCCAAACCAAUUCAGGAGAACAAAGGACAUGUGAAGAAAGAACAUGAAGGAAUAACAGUCUUAGUUGGAAGAAGCAGUGGCCCUGCUGAACUGGAUUUAGAUGAUGAUCUUCAGACGCAAGGACAAUGUAGGGGAAGACAGAAAAGUGAAAGCAUCAGCAGUGACACAGCUCUGGGCUGUAACAAUGAGGCAGAGCUGUCCAUGGGCCUGUGGCAUACCUGUGAGGAUGACCCAGAACUGAACACUCCCACAGAUGGGACUGGCUCCGAUGCCCGCCACUGGCUACAGCUGAGUCCCACCGAUGCCUCAAAUUUAACAGACAGCAGUGAAUGCAUCACAGAUGACUGUAGUAUAAUCGCAGGAGGGAACCUCACUGGUUGGCACCCAGACUCUGCUGCUGUGUUAUGGCGAAGAGUCUUGGGAAUUCUCGGAGAUGUAAAUAAUAUCCAGUCACCCAAGAUCCAUGCCAAAGUUUUUGGCUAUCUCUAUGAACUCUGGUACAAACUAGCAAAGAUACGGGAUAAUCUAGCAAUAAGCCCGGAUAACCAGUCUUCUCCAUCUCCACCAGUCUUGAUCCCACCACUCAGAAUGUUUGCAUCAUGGCUAUUUAAGGCGACGAUGUUGCCAAAUGAAUACAAGGAAGGCAAACUACAAGCCUACAGACUAAUCUGUGCCAUGAUGACCAGACGCCAGGACGUUCUGCCAAACUCAGAUUUUCUGGUGCAUUUUUACCUCGUGAUGCACCUGGGAUUAACCAGCGAGGAUCAGGAUGUUUUAAAUACCAUUAUAAGGCACUGCCCACCCCGCUUUUUCUCUCUGGGUUUGCCUGGCUUCUCAAUGCUGGUGGGGGACUUCAUCACGGCCGCUGCCAGGGUCCUCAGUACAGACAUGCUGGCGGUACCUCGUUCAGAAGCACUCACCAUUCUCGGUUCUCUUGUCUGCUUUCCAAACACCUACCAGGAGAUCCCUUUACUGCAGUCAGUGCCCGAAGCCAAUGAAGUCAUCACAGGCACCAAAGAUGUCAAGCAUUACCUCAUAAAUAUUUUACUGAAGAAUGCCACAGAGGAACCAAAUGAAUGUGCAAGAUGCAUUGCCAUUUGCUCCCUUGGGGUCUGGAUAUGUGAAGAACUUGCACAGUGUACAAGCCAUCCUCAGCUGAAAGAGGCUGUCAAUUUGAUAGGUGUCACUUUGAAGCUUCCUAACAAACCCGUGGCUCAGGUAGCUUGUGACGUUCUCCAACUGCUGGUUUCCUACUGGGAAAAGCUUCAGACAUUUGAAACCUCUCUGCCUCGGAAAAUUAUAGAAAUCCUUGUGGCUACAAUUGCUUUUCUUUUACCAAGUGCGGAGUACUCCUCAGUGGAAACAGAUAAGAAGUUUAUUGUGUCCUUGCUGCUCUGCCUCUUGGACUGGUGCAUGGCAUUGCCUGUGAACACCCUUCUCUACCCAGUGUCCACGGUGGCCCUGGAGGAGCACCACUUGACCAGAGCCCCUUUGCUGGAUUAUAUCUACAGGGUUCUGCACUGCUGUGUUUGUGGCUCAAGCACACAUACCCAACAGAGUCACUACACACUGACCCUGGCUGACCUGUCAUCCCCAGAUUAUGACCCUUUCCUGCCAUUGGCAAAUGUGAAGAAUUCUGAGCCAGUCCAAUAUCACUCAUCAGCAGAAAUGGGCAACCUGCUUACUGUUGAAGAAGAGAGAAAGAGGAGGAGUUUGGAGCUGAUCCCUCUGACCGCCAGAAUGGUGAUGGCCCACCUGGUGAACCAUCUGGGGCAUUUCCCCCUCUGUGGGGGCCCGGCGGUGCUGCACAGCCUGGUCAGCGAGAACCACGACAAUGCUCAUGCGGAAGCCGCUGAACUCUCCUCCGAGGUGUUCAGAAGCCCAAAUCUGCAGCUGUUUGUAUUUAAUGACAGCACCCUCAUCUCCUACCUUCAGACACCCACGGAGGGAUCGGCAGGCGGGCCACCAGGGGGAGCCCUCUCCGACGUGAGGGUAAUCGUGAGGGACAUCUCAGGGAAGUACUCUUGGGAUGGGAAGGUUUUAUACGGCCCUUUGGAAGGCUGCUUAGCACCCACCAGCAGAAAUCCUGCAUUUCUGUUCUCAAGCUGCCAUCAUUACACAUUUGGAUCUCAAAACAAUUUUUCUCAAACUGAGGAAGGAGAGGAUGUCCUCGACAAAUUACUGGAAAACAUUGGGCACACAAGCCCUGAAUGCCUUUUACCAUCACAGCUAAAACUAAAUGAACCUUCCCCACCCCCACGUGGAAUGAACUGUGACCAAGAAAAGGAAAUCAUGGAGGUCAUUUUGCACCAGAGCACACAGGAAGAGGACUACAUUCAGAGGUGUAACUCUGAUUUAGGCAUGAAAGUCAGCACCCAGGAGCAGCCCUCGCCCACGGAGCCUCGAGGACCAUUUUACUUCUGCCGGUUGCUGCUCGAUGACUUGGGAAUGAAUUCUUGGGACAGAAGGAAGAAUUUUCAUCUGUUGAAGAAAAAUUCAAAAUUAUUGAGAGAGCUAAAGAAUCUGGACUCCCGUCAGUGCCGUGAAACACACAAAAUUGCAGUGUUUUACAUUGCUGAAGGUCAAGAAGACAAGUGUUCAAUCCUCUCCAAUGAAAGAGGAAGCCAAGCAUAUGAAGACUUUGUUGCUGGACUUGGAUGGGAGGUGGACCUCUCAACCCACUGUGGGUUCAUGGGUGGCCUUCAGCGCAAUGGCAGCACUGGACAAACAGCCCCUUACUAUGCUACCUCAACCGUGGAAGUGAUAUUCCAUGUUUCAACUCGGAUGCCAUCAGACUCAGAUGAUUCCCUCACCAAAAAGCUCCGUCACUUGGGGAAUGACGAGGUCCACAUCGUCUGGUCCGAACACUCCAGAGACUACCGCAGGGGAAUUAUCCCAACUGCCUUUGGAGAUGUUUCAAUCAUUAUUUACCCAAUGAAGAAUCAUAUGUUCUUUAUUGCGAUAACGAAGAAACCUGAGGUUCCAUUUUUUGGGCCUCUGUUUGAUGGAGCCAUAGUGAGUGGGAAGCUCCUGCCAACCCUUAUAUGUGCCACGUGCAUCAAUGCCAGCAGGGCUGUGAAGUGCCUCAUCCCCCUCUACCAGAGCUUCUAUGAAGAGCGAGCUCUGUAUCUCGAAGCAAUAAUUCAGCACCACCGUGAAGUAAUGACAUUUGAGGAUUUUGCAGCCCAAGUCUUUUCACCCUCUUCCAACUACUCCCUCAGUGGAAUGGAUUAAAACACGUAAGGGUCUCAUGGCAAUAUCUGAGCAAGGGCUCCGGCUGCCAUCCUGAGUGCCUACCUCAUGGUGCCCCUGGAUGAGGAGAAGGAUGAGAUGCUCCCACUGCCCCACCCUGAACCCCCAAACCCAGAGACCCCAGGAAACGCCACUCUGCUCUUCUAGUGCCCUCAGCAAGUCUUCCUGUUAAUGGACUUCUGAAUUUAAAGAUGAAUCCCCCAAAAUGGUGUGGUUCUGACUUUCAGACUGGGCGGUAUAAUUGUGCCCUGAAACCUCGUGAUCUUUGGGCUUUAAAAGAAGAAAAGAAAAAUGAGACAGACCUGCUCUCCUGUGUGGUUGCUGUGCCUGCUCCUGGGACAGCAGGAGAUCCAGGGCUUCCAAGGAAGGGAAGGGGGCAGCUGGUAUCUGUACCCCAGGUUGUUUCCUCUCAUUCAUAAAUGCCAGCACAAUUCACAGGGGGGCUGCCAAACAACUGUCAUAUUGUUUGAGGAAUUUUCUCGGCAUUGAUUUUGCUAGUUCUUAUGUUAGGAUUUGUGGUUUACUCAAAAAUUUCAUCAUCACGGAAAUUGGCUAUCCCUAGGGUCUUUUGCCCAGGAGAAGUUUUACCUCAGUUGUACUGAGUGUUUUUCCACUUGGUACCUGGUGCCCACUAACUGGGGAGAGGUUUUCCUGACCAUCCUGGGGCCUGCAGGUCGUGACAGUGAUGGUGCUGUCACAGAAUACUCAGAUGGUUCCAAAAAUGCAGGGUCCCAUCCCUGCGAAAGCUCCUGUAGGUCAGGAAGCCUUCCAGCGCCUGGCUCAGCCCAGGGCCUGGCUCAGCACAACACCCUGUCAGCACGCAAGGAGCACACCAGCUCCAGCACCAGACAAACAGGCACCCCCAGGAUGUCCACCUGCCUCCAGAAGCUUCACCCUGCCAUUGUGCCCUCCAGACAAGCAGAGAGAGGGCCAGGCAGGGUCUGAGAAAUACUUUCCACUGCACAGAGUUGGAGGGGAGCAGAGUCCAGACGAGGGAUUUGAUCUGUACUUUUUAUACAUUUGGCUCCAAGGAAGGCAUGUUGAGUCUGUUUCAAAAAAUAAUGAUAAAUAAGUAAAUAGCCCCACCUUCUAUUCUGUGCUUACCCAGCACCCUUUUUGGGGGUCUGUGGGUGUCAGCUACAGAGAAAUCAAUCAACAAGGAGGAGCUCUUUGUCAUGGGCCCUCUGCUCUUCACCAAGGCCCUUGGCCUGUCUCCAGGGUGAGCCCUGGCUCAAAACAGGGAGCAGCAUGUAAACUGUGGCUGCCAACUAAGGGUCAGAGAAAGGCAGCCCUGCCAGGAUGCUCUGUCACCUUCCUGCUGACCCGCUAAGCCCACUUGCCCCAUCAGAGAUUUUAUGACCAGUCAGGCCUUCCCACCCACCGUCAAGGUAGUCUGGCUGGUUCCUGAGCUUUGCAGGAGAGGCAAGCAGACCCAGAUGCCAGACUCACUUUUCGGAUAAGUGAGAAAGGAUUGAGAAAAUCAUUCCUAUUACAAGGAUGGCCCAUCACAUCUAAAGAGAACUAAUUUUUCUGCUUUAUGGAGGAUUGCAGCAGGUACAGCUUGAGGCCAGGCCCACAGACAGCAGGUCAAGCCCUGUCUGGACACGAGUGCGUGGGGUGUCUGGAUAGAGUAAGCCUGCCCUGCACACAGGCCCACUUUGCUUGCUUCCAGGGGCUUAAUGGCAGCAUAAUGGGUGGCUGGGAAUCACAGUAUUUUCUGUUGUGUCAGCAAGUGUCAUGAAGCUUACCCCCAACCCCACCACCUGUUUAAUGAUUGGGGCUCUGGGCAGCGUGGUGUGAGGCCCAUUCCACUCAGACUCGAGACUCCUGUUGAGCUGCUUCAUUUGGUAUCUACGAAGUACCCAGACCUCAUUCCUGCAGGGAAGGGAAUUGCCCAUCCUGGGCCCCAGAGUCCUGUGUAGGCUCUGAAAGCAAGUAGCUUCUAGGAGAACAUCUCCCCAUCAGGCUCCAGAAACCCCCUGCUGCAGAAUUCUCGGACUUGGUUGAAGUGUCAGAACUUGGACAUCUGGACCUCUACUCCAUCAUUCUAUUUUACCAGUCCUCCUGAGCCUGGAGUGGAGAAUUCAGUGGUAGGUAGCAAAUAACUAGACCUCCCUGUAAUCCCUGAUGAUUUCAUCAACCCCGUGACCCCAGAUUAUAGCCAGUGGUUCUGUGACCAGAGCUUUUUCUGAGCCCACUAUUCUCGGCACACCUUUGCUUCAGAGAUUCGGAAUCGGGGAGCAGGGGACUUGGCAACCAGGCUUCCUUGUAAUCAUGCAAACUUGAAUCAUUUUGUUAUUUGGGGUGGAAAAUUGAAAUGAUCAAGAUUUUUUUUUUUCACUUAGAUAAGCAAAUAUUGUGCUUUUGUAACAAAUGCCUCUCAGCAGAAUUGCAGAGGGUCACUCAUCUGGUGGUAACCCACCUGAGUCACAGCUGACCCAUCACAGUAAGUCAACCAUCUGUAAACAGAAGUGACCCUAAUUGGCCCAAAGUGGAUCACACUUGCUGGCUUGCAGGCAGGCCCAGAGCAGUUCCCUCGCUACUCCACAAGCUGACAUUCUGCAAUCUCACUGAGUAGGUUCUUGUACUUAAAAAAAAAAAAAAAAAAUAGUAAUUCCCCAAAUGGUGACUUUUUAAAAAUAAUAAAACCCUAAGUAGACAGAAGAGGGGAAAUUUAGCAGGGUAAGUGACUGUCUCAGCAUCUUCAUGCAGUGGAGGCCGCAGUGCCUAAGAGCCACAGGGAAGGAGGAAGCGAAGCCUCAGCUGUGAGGGGCUGACCGAUCAGCCCUGAGCCUUACAAACGAGAUCACAUGAAUCCAGGACAACACAAAUCACGUCUGCCUAACCUUCCCCGGGUGUGACCACCGGCACUUCAUCCACUGUUAUAUUUGUAUCAUCUGGAGCUUUAAGGGGUCCUCAGACUUACGGUGAUGUCUUUUGUGUAACUGUUAUGUUUUUAUCGCACCUGAAGGGAAACCCAACGGGAAACAACCAUCCUUCCCAUUGCACGCAGCACCUGUGUCUUACAUAUACAGAAAGUGAAUGUUCUCUUAUGUUUUCAGGUCGAUAAUAUUUAGUACAUGUAAAUAAGGAAAAAUUUUGAUAAAUAUGAUAAAUUAUAGUAUGUCAUUUGAUUUUUAUUUUGCUAUCUCUCAUUUUUAAUUUUCCAAAUGCUGCACAUCUAGGUUUAGGCCCAGGUGGUACAGACGCUUACAUUUCCCCACCUUUGCAGGCACGUGUGUGUGUCUGGAUGCACUGCAGCAAAGGCAAGCCAGGGCCAGGAAAGUGCACAGCUCCACAGCUGCCCACAACCACCAUUUUUUUCUCUUUAAUUCUGAUUUAUUGUGAUGAUUUAAUAAAGUAGAAACAGCA